GUGACGUCUGUCGGGAUGCGCAGUUGAUGAGUACGCAGGUUCCUCGAGCCUUCGCUUCUGUUCGCGGCUGUCGGUUGUGCGGCGGCCGAAAUUCCGCCGAAGGAAGAAAUUUGCUUCAGAGGCCGAGUACGUGCAGGCGCAUUCCUCCUCAGAUCUGUCCCUCUGUCGGGUAUUUAAACCGUGGUUUAAGCGAUAAACAGAGUGAGUCGCUUUGCAUCAAUCAGAUUAGGAUUCAUCAUAUUAAACAGCGGGGAAAAUGGGUUCCUUGUCUGUGAUGGACUUUUUGAAAUAAUUGCACAUUUUAUCUGCUGCUGGAUAUAAACAUCUUAUGUUCUGCUUCCAGCUUUGAGAACAGCAUGGCAGGCUUUAAACGUGGAUAUGAUGGAAAAAUUGCUGGGCUGUAUGAUUUGGAUAAAACAUUAGGCAGGGGUCACUUUGCUGUUGUGAAACUUGCACGCCAUGUUUUCACUGGAGAAAAAGUAGCAGUGAAAGUCAUUGAUAAAACAAAACUGGACUCUGUAGCUACAGGACAUUUGUUCCAGGAGGUACGAUGUAUGAAACUGGUGCAACAUCCCAACAUUGUCCGUCUGUAUGAAGUGAUUGACACUCAAACAAAACUUUAUCUUAUUCUGGAAUUGGGAGAUGGAGGUGAUAUGUUUGAUUACAUCAUGAAACAUGAAGAUGGUCUUAGUGAAGAUCUAGCAAAGAAAUACUUUGCACAGAUAGUGCAUGCAAUAUCUUAUUGCCACAAGCUGCACGUUGUUCAUAGAGACCUGAAGCCAGAAAAUGUAGUCUUCUUUGAACAACAAGGAAUUGUAAAACUUACAGAUUUUGGGUUUAGUAACAAGUUUCAACCUGGAAAGAAGUUAACAACAAGCUGUGGGUCACUUGCGUAUUCCGCCCCAGAGAUUCUGCUCGGUGAUGAGUAUGAUGCGCCUGCAGUAGAUAUCUGGAGCCUGGGAGUUAUACUUUUCAUGUUGGUAUGUGGCCAACCUCCAUUUCAAGAGGCAAAUGACAGUGAGACGCUGACUAUGAUCAUGGACUGCAAAUAUACAGUGCCAUCCCGUGUCUCCAAAGAAUGCAAGGAUCUUAUUAAUCGGAUGCUGCAGAGGGAUCCAAAGCGAAGAGCCUCACUGGAAGAGAUUGAGGACCACCCCUGGCUACUAGGAAUCGACCCCUCACCUGCAACUAAGUGCAACAUCCCUCUUGUCUCUUACAAGAACCUCUCUGAGGAGGAGCACAAUGGCAUUAUCCAGCGCAUGGUGCUUGGUGAAAUAGCAGACCGUGAAACCAUUAUUGAGGCCCUGGAAAGUAACAAGUACAAUCACAUCACUGCCACUUACUUUUUGCUGGCUGAGAGGAUCUUGAAGGAAAAACAGGAAAAAGAAGUCAGGAACCGAUCUCCCAGUCCGAGCCAUAUCAAAGCUCAGUUCAGGCAGUCCUGGCCUACAAAAAUUGAUGUGCCCAAGGAUAUUGAAGACAUCACAACAUCACCCAUCAUCCAUCCUGUGUCUAUUCCUGUUGUCUGUUCACCAGCCCGCACUGCAGAGUCCAUUAUUAAUGGGCACCGAAUGAAAUCUGGUGAGUCUGCAAAAAAAGAAGAGACAUCAACCGUUGGGUCAGCUGGAAAGACUGGUGCAGGCAAUAGGACGUGUCUGUUCAGGGUGGAGGAGGAUGACGAGGAUGAUGAGGAUGACAAAAAAGCAGCUCCUCUUCCCGCUCAAGUAGUUUUGCGACGUAAGCCUUCUAUAACAAACCGGCUUACGACCAGGAAAAGUGCUCCUGUCCUCAAUCAGAUCUUUGAGGAGGGGGAGUCAGAUGAUGACUUUGACAUGGAUGAAAACCUGCCCCCCAAACUCAGUCGACUAAAGAUGAACAUAGCUUCUCCAAGCACGGUGCACAAAAGGUACCACAAGCGGAAAAGUCAAGGGCGAGGCUCGAGUUGCAGCAGCUCAGAAACCAGCGAUGAUGAUUCAGAAAGCCGUAGACUUCUAGACAAAGAUGGAGGAUUUACUUACUCCUGGCAUCGUCGUGACAGUGGCGAGGGGCCUCCGGGGAGUGGAGGAGAUGGAAGUGGGCAGGGCAAACCGAGUGAUGGUAACACUGGCCUUGACAAGAGCAGCCCAAGUGAUGGUAACAAAGGUGGGAGCAGCCCUUCAAACGACUCCGGCGGGAGCACCAGCAACACGGGAACAACAACUCGCAGCUGUACAACCCAGGGAAAUACUUCACCGUCGUCCAAAGCUGCGGAGGAUUUGAUGGAGAGCUUGAAGUUGAUGAGUCUUUGCCUGGGUUCGCAAUUGCAUGGUGGCAAUGGUAGCAGAUACAUCAUUGAGCCAACUUCAGCGAUUCGAAUACAUGAGAAAUCAGCCUGGAAAAUGUGCAUUGCCUCCAGCAGUAUAAUGGAGCGAGCCGCUGCCUCCUGCUGCAGGAAGUCCUAUUCUGACCAGGUGGCUGACCUGCUGAAUGAGCUUGAAAUGUCAAAAGAGAACAACAUGAACUUGAAGAAUAAUGUUCUACAGCUACCUCUCUGCGAGAAAACAAUUUCUGUGAAUAUUCAGCGGAACCCCAAGGAUGGGUUGCUGUGUACCUCCAGUCAGACUAGCUGCUGUCAAGUUAUUUAAAUAGCCUAAUCUGACUGUCCUUGCUGGUUACAGUUUGUGACUUACUUAGCACAGUGAAAUAUCUUUUUUCAGUCUUGAGCUUUUAAAUGGACUUUGAGAGUUAUUUAUUGCUGUUUUGCUUUUGUUUGUUCAAAAUCUUGACAAUGCAUGGUCUUUGUGCAUGCUGCUUGCUAUUACUUUUAAUUUCCCAACAAGCAAAACAUGAGCUGGGCAGAAUUUUAAUAUCUGUAUUAACUUGAGUUUAACAUCAACCCGUUUGUUAUGCUUUGUUAAUGGAGCUAAAUGCAGUUUAAGUAAAUGGAGCACUUUGUAGCUCUAAAUGUAGCACUUACGGGAGAAUGCAACAAAAUAUAUUGUUUUAAACCAUCUGAUCAAAGAACACAGGUUAAAUGGCAUACUCCAGUGCAUCUGACAGAAAAGAACCAAAGCAAUAACAGAAAUAUUGCCGCUCCUGUGUAAGUAUUUCCAUAUUCCAAGGCUGAUGAACGGCUAUUCUGCAGAACAGCCACAAUGGAGAGUCUUAACCUAUUUGCAGUGAACUCACAUCAGUACCAGUUAGUCCACAUUGACUUAAACUCAGGAUAAGGCAAACUUGAGCAGGAAUUUUAAGGUGCUAUAAAUGGACAGAGAUGGUGGUAAGUAACUCUGCCAGUGCUCAUAACACCAUGCUAUCCCUUAAUGGAGAAAGCACUGCACUCAGGCUAGCCUGUCUCUUCAUCUGUGUAUGUUUGCAUCUGCUUGUUCUGUCAGUUCAAUGGGGUAGGCCAUGUACUGUAGUGACUGGAAAUGUAUGAAGCAAAGUUGUGUUGUCUCUUGCAGGCCAAUAAGAUGUAAUUUGUUGGAAAGACUUGUCAGUGUAGCUGUGACUUUUUUUUAAAUGUGAAUUACUUGCUGCUUAUGUGUUGCAGUGUAAGGUUUGAAAUGCCUCCCACCCCUUUCCUGGCGUGGAAAGGGAUAAUCUACAGAUACCUGCAGAUUGACGUUUUAAGGCUUCAGACACACAUUUAUGAUGACCAGUAGGAGAGAUGGGUCAGUGCUGAUUGAAUCUGAAUAGAUAAUGAUCUGUUCCGAUAGAUAAUCGGAACUUCAGUCAUUUACAGGAAUUGUCCAUGUUUGUGUUAAAUUUAAUGGGGAGUAGCUUUUCAAAAAAAAAAACCAAGUGAACCCUUUCUAAUCCAUCAUUAAGUCAGCUGUGUUUCAAUCUGUAAUAGGUAUUGGAUUUAUUCUCUUCAGGGUUGUCCUCCCUAACGUCACAGACAUUGGAAAUCUCUGCAUCUGCUUCUCUAAAAUGUAGGUUUGUGGGACUCUGGAAAAACCUUCCAGUCAAUCAUCUAGUGAUGAAGUACGUUCCAAAUUAAAUACUGCCUGUGAAAAGGGGUGGGUUAGUCAUUUACACACACACACACACACUAUAUUAGCAUUCCAGUUUUUAAUAACCUGAUUUUAAUUGUGGAGAUAUAUACAUAGUGAAGGGAAUUCACAGCAGUUGUGUAGUUGCACCUAAGUUUUUGGAUUAUUGUAAAUAGUUUUGUUUAUACAAUAUUUUAUGUACAGCCUUGUGAUGGCACCUUUUGGAACUCUCCUACCCUGUGUAUUUGUACAAGAAUUGUAAAUAUUUGUGUAUACAUGGUACUGAGGGUAACAGCAGUAACUAUGUACAGUUGUCAAUUCGUAAUAGAUUAAUGUAGGUGGAAACACCCAAUGUUAAACUUUGUGUGUGUUCUGGAUGGAGUUGUCCCAAGUAAAUGAUUGUGCAUGUGUUGUAUCUUGUGAUGCAUCGUUUGGUGCAAAGAACAGAAAGAGUAACCACUACUUAUGAAUGUUAUUGGACCAAAUAAUGUAAUAGUCUGAAAAUGUGGCAUCCCAUGCCCCAACCUGAAUUCAAAUUGGUAUAUUUACAUCUGAAUUAAAUGGUGUGGCUGACUUAUAA